GAAGUUUUCAGCAUUGAGCCGCUUCAGCGACGACUUAAAAACACCAUUCAAAAAACAAUAGAAAGACUUAGCAGUUUCAUAAAAGCGGAGAAAUAUCAUCCGAGAUAUGGGUGGUGAGAGUCAAAAUGUUGAAAUAGGCCUAAAUAGACUAAAUCGAAUGGUUGUAGAGGUGAAUUUGAGUACAGGAACUCUAUAGGAAUCGAAUGGAGGCUUUGAAAAACAAUGAAAACUGGGGAAGUGAUGCCUGGAAAUGUAUUUGCAGAGUGAGGGAAUUGUGUCCUUUAAUACAAUGCAUAACCAAUUAUGUAUCGAUGGACAUAAUGGCAAACACACUACUGGCUGCUGGGGCUUCUCCUGCCAUGAUUCAUGCUUUAGAAGAAAUACCUGAUUUUACUCCUCAAGUGGAUGGCUUGUGCAUCAAUAUUGGGACCCUCACCCCACAAUGGAUUACUUCAAUGAAAACUGCUGCAGUUAAGGCUCUUGAGUCUCAGAAGCCUUGGGUUUUGGAUCCUGUGGCUGUUGGGGCUUCGAAAUUCAGAAUGGAUAUGUGCACGGAGUUAGUCAGGCUUAACCCCACGGUCAUAAGGGGAAAUGCUUCAGAGAUCUUGGCACUAGCUGCUAAUUCUGUUGCGCCAUCCAAGGGAACAGACAGCAGCCACAUAUCAACAGAUGCACUGGAAGCUGCAAAAGAUUUAGCAUGUAGAACUGGAGCUAUAGUUGCAGUGUCAGGAGCUGUAGAUCUUGUUACAGAUGGAAAAAGACUACUGGGUGUGAGAAAUGGAGUACCUCUGAUGCAGAAGAUCACAGCAUCCGGUUGUGCAGUUACUGCACUUAUUGCAACUUUAGUUGCAGCACACCCAUCUCUUCCAUUUGAGGCUACUGCUUUUGCUCUUGCUCUUUUUGGGAUGGCAGGUGAAAUCGGCAUGGAAAAGUCAAAUGGGCCUGCCUCAUUGCGGAUGCACCUGAUAGAUGCCCUUCAUGGUUUAGAUGAGGAAUCAGUAGCAUCAAGAAUCAAGAUUUCCUGGCUGUGAAAUUCUUUAUCAUAGGUAACCCUCUCUCAAACGGUAACGUGUAUCAAAUUCCUUAUCAUAGACAACUAUGUCAAACUUAGAUUUAUACAUAUAUGAAAAUCCCUGUCAUUAGUUGAACUUGUUUCGAAAUGGUAAAUGAAGUUUAUAUUUAUUUA